UGAACAAAAACUGGCGAUUCUUGCUUGCUGGAAGGAAAUGGAAAAAAGAAAAGAUAUUUGGAGCUACAAAGAAGGAAUCCUACAAUGCCUUAUAAUGAUGAAUUCUUGGAAGAUUAUUUCUGGUCAGCUCCAUUAUUCCAUUCCAGAGGAGGUACACAAAGGUUCUUUUGUUGGAAAUGUUGUGAAGGACCUGGGAAUAGAUGGGAAGCAGCCUUUUGACCAUGGACUACGGAUUAUUCCUAAUUCAGGUACAAUUCAGUACUUUGAACUUAAUUCCAACAGUGGCCAUUUACAAACCUGUGAAAGAAUAGAUAGAGAAGAGAUCUGUGGAAGAGGAGAGAAAUGCAUCUUAAAAUUUCAAAUCCUUGCUGAGAGCAAGUUAAAGCUUUAUGUCACUGAAAUAGAAAUUAUGGAUAUAAAUGAUAAUGCUCCUUCCUUUCUGUCAAUAGGGUGGGAACUGAAAAUCAGUGAAACAUCUAUUCCUGGUUCCCAGUUCUUUCUACCAGAAGCUCAAGAUCCAGAUCUGGGGACAAAUUCUAUACAACGUUAUCAACUCACAGCCAGUAACCACUUUUCUCUGGAAGUGCAAAGCAGCCAUAAUGGUGUCAAAUCUGCUAAAUUGGUGUUGGAAAGAUCACUGGACAGGGAAGAACAGUCAGUGUAUGAUCUGAUCCUUACAGCUGUCGAUGGGGGUGAACCUAUCAAGUCUGGCACACUGCAAAUUCACAUCUUUGUUCUAGAUGCAAACGAUAAUGUACCUGUUUUCAGCCAAUCAGUCUAUGAAAUAAAUGUCAAGGAGAACAUGCCCAAAGGGUCCACAAUUGCUACAGUAACAGCCAUUGAUUUGGAUGAAGGAAUCAAUGGAGAAAUAAAAUACUCUUUUCAAAAAAUCACAAAAAAAGACUCCCAAAAAUUUAUGUUAAAUUCGACAUCAGGGGAAAUUAUCCUUGUGGGGAGCCUUGAUUUUGAAACAUCGUCAUCAUAUGAAUUCGAAGUGCAAGCCAUGGAUGGGGGUGGGCUGAGUGACAGAUCAAAGGUUGUGAUUUUGGUUACAGACUUAAAUGAUAAUGCCCCUGAUUUAGCCAUAGCCUUUGUGAUCAACUCUGUGCCUGAGAACUCUCCAGCUGGAACUGUCAUUGCCAUUUUAAAUGCCCGAGACAGAGAUUCAGGAGAUAACGGAGAGGUUGAAUGCUCAAUCCCCAGCAACCUUCCUUUUCGGCUCAAGAAAACAAUGGAUAGUUUCUACAGUUUAGAGACAGACAGAGCCCUUGACAGGGAACAGUUGCCAACUUACACUAUCACUGUUACAGCAGUGGAUGGCGGGACACCACCACUCUCUACAUCUGUGGUUAUUUCGCUCCAGGUGUUCGACACAAAUGACAACCCUCCACAAUUUGUAGAAUCAAAAUAUACCUCCUACCUUCUAGAAAAUAAUCCAAAAGGAGCCUCAGCCUUUUCCCUCAAAGCAAGUGAUCCAGACUGGGAAGAAAAUGCCAGAAUAACUUACUCCUUUGAAGCAGUGUGUGCAAACCCUAUGGACAUAUUUUAUAUAACAGUAGAGAUCCAGGAUAUUAAUGAUAAUGCACCACAUUUCUUAAAUGGUGAUAUCAAGCUAGAGAUAAGUGAAUCCACUUUACCAGGAGCCACAUUUCUUCUUGGACAAGCAGAAGAUCCUGAUAUUGGGACAAAUUCGCUUCAGGAUUAUCAUCUAAGCAUUAAUCAGUACUUCAUUUUAGCAAUUAGCAAUCAAGAUACUGUAAAGAAGUAUGCAGAAUUAAUACUGGAGAAACAGUUGGAUCGUGAAAGUGAAAGUACUAUUAGUUUAACUCUUAUGGCUCUUGAUGGAGGAAACCCUCCAAGAACUGGAACAGCCAAAAUACGGAUCAGGGUCAUGGAUGCUAAUGACAACCCCCCUGUCUUCAGUCAAAAAGUGUACAAAAUCAGUCUCAAAGAGAGUGUAUCAAAGGGAUCUACCGUAAUACAAGUGAAAGCUGUGGACAGAGAUGAUGGUUCCAAUGGCCAGAUCAACUAUAGCUUUAGCAAUAUUGCUGAUAAUGUUUAUCAGAAAUUUGACUUAGAUCCAUAUGAUGGAAUUAUAAUAGUAAAGGAAGAGCUAGACUUUGAGGAAACAGACAAAUAUGCUAUGGUGGUAGAAGCAAGAGAUGGAGGUGGUUUAGUAGCUCAUUGUAAUGUUGAAAUAAAUCUGGUAGAUGCAAAUGACAAUACCCCAGAAGUGAUUAUUGCCUCCUCAUCCAGAGAAAUUCCUGAAAAUUCUGAAUUAGGAACAUUGGUAGCCCUUAUCAAUAUAAAUGAUAAAGAUUCGGGGGAUAAUGGGGAGGUUAACUGCCAGUUACAAAACACUUCCCCAUUCAAAAUAGUAUCAGCCUCUAAUAACUAUUAUAAGCUGCUUACAGAUGGUCCCCUAGACAGAGAAAGCAUACCAGCAUACAAUCUUACAAACACAGCCACAGACAAAGGUUCACCCCCUCUUUCUACACUGAAAACCAUCUCACUAGAGAUUUCAGAUAUCAACGAUAAUGCCCCUGCCUUUGAGAAAUCCUCUUACACUGUUUAUGUGCCAGAGAACAAUCCUGCUAGCUCCUCCAUCUUUAGCAUCAAAGCUGUAGAUCCCGAUCUUGGCCACAAUGCUAGGAUCACGUACUCCAUCCUCACUAGCAAAAUAGAGGAACUACCUCUCCCGUCUUACCUCUCCGUUAACUCAGAAACGGGCACACUCUAUUCUCAGCGGUCUUUUGACUAUGAGCAACUCAGAGAGUUUCAGGUACAGGUGAAGGCUGAAGAUGGAGGCUCCCCACCUCUCAGCAGCAAUGCCACACUGAAGGUCUUCAUCCUGGACCAAAAUGACCAAAGUCCUCAAAUUCUGUAUCCUUCUCAAGGAGCAGAGGGCUCAGCCUCCUUUGAGAUGGUGCCUCGCUCAGCAGAGGUGGGCUAUCUGGUUACGAAAGUGGUGGCUGUGGACGCCGACUCUGGGCACAAUGCGUGGCUCUCCUAUCAUCUACUGCAAGCCACUGAGCCAGGGCUCUUCACAAUUGCUGCCCACACUGGUGAAAUCAGGACAUUGCGGACGUUUUUGGAAAGAGAUGCUCUGAAGCAGAAGCUAGUGGUCUUAGUAAAGGAUAACGGGCAGCCCCCACUCUCUGCUACAGUCAGUCUCAAUCUGGUUUUUGCUGAAAACUUCCAAGAGGCACUUCCAGAAAUAAGUAACCAAACCACUGAUUCACCACCAAAUUAUGAGGAAGGGACAAUUCCAUAUUCCUAUCAGCUCUGCUUAUCAUCCGAGUCCAAGAUACAUGAAUUCACUUUUCCAGCACCCAAAAUUCAAGCUGCAGAAUAUAUUUCAUGCAACCAAAAGUCUGAUGUGCUUUUGGCAAGCAAUGAAAAUAAUAUCCUAAAUUCUGAGAUGGAUAGAAUCAAUCUGGGUGUCGGUGUUAGCCAACGUGGGCGCCAAGGAGAAUGGAGCAGAGCUACUGUACAGAUGCUUCCCAAAGAAUGA